UCAACCACCUACAUCAUGUUUUUUGUACCAAUGGAAAAUGUAAAAGUGAAGUGAAGUGUUCUAAGUCUUCCUUUCUGGUCGAUACUCGCCAUGGCUAAGGUACAAUUACUAUUGCUGGCUCUCUUCUUUCAACCUUUCAGCAGCUUUGCCUGUCACUAUAGUAAACUGAGUUACAGGCACACCAUGUGCAUUUACAAUCCGCAUGCUUGUCCAAAUAGUCAAUUGUUGAAAAGUGGUGGCCUCACGCAUAAGGAUAAAGCUCUCAUCGUGAGGAUUCACAACCGGAUUCGCUCUUCGGUGGCCAGCGGAUGGGUUUCGGGCCUUCCUCCUGCAUCGAAUAUGAGAGUGAUGAUGUGGGAUAAUGAACUGGCACAGAUAGCUCAGAGAUGGGCAGAUCAAUGCACUGAAGGACAUGAUCAAUAUAGAAAUACAAGAAGGUUUUCGGUGGGUCAGAAUGUGGCUCUACAAUGGACAUACAGUCAUAGAGAUCUGAAAUGGAAAAACAGACCUGACUGGAAUUCUAGCAUAAACUUAUGGGCAAAAGAACUAGCUCAAUUUGGAUUUCCUAGAAGCUACAUAAAUCCAUUUCAUUUUGAUGGUAAUGUUGGCCAUUACACUCAAAUGAUAUGGGGAAGUACAUACACAAUUGGUUGUGGUUAUGCAUAUUAUAAACAUCCAUAUAAAGGUUAUACUAAAAUAUAUGUUUGUAACUAUGGCCCUGGAGGAAAUAUUAUUGGAGGAAAGAUGUAUGAAGAAUCAAGAGGAGGAAAAAAGUGCACAAAUCCUAAGUUGAUACUUUCUAAACAAUAUAGUGGGCUUUGCGAAAAACGUUCUUUAUAUAAGAGAAUGAGAAUCCAUCAUAAGAGUUCUAAAUCAACAGCAGGACGAAGGAAGCAGAGAAAAACCAGAGUAAGAACAAAGCAACUACUUUGAAUCAAAAAUGAAUCUUUAAAUUAUUUGUACCUAGCCAUGAAAAGUUAGAGAAGAAUUUGUAAUUUUGCAUGUUUUAAUUGCAAAAAAAUAUUAAAUAAUCUAAUAUAAACAUCUGUUUAAGUAAUUUUAGAAUUCUAAAUGUAUUAAAAUGUAAAU